GAAUGUCAUUUUAUCGUAAACUAACCGGCAUGAUGGAUGUAAAUCCGCUUAAAUUAAAAAUGAUGAACGUGGCGUUUAUAGUUUUAGUGUUCAGCUUGGAAAUAUUGUCGUCUGAAGUUCCUAGGCCCAGAGGUGUGUCCUUGUCCCGGGCCUCCCUUUACAUUCCAGACAAAGACUUUACGUGUUUGGACGGUAGCAAAAAAAUUCCGUUUUUACAAGUGAACGAUGAUUAUUGUGACUGUCCGGACGGCAGCGAUGAGCCCGGCACUUCUGCAUGUCCCAAUGGCAGUUUUUACUGCACCAAUGCGGGUCACAGGGCCCUCAAUUUGGCAUCUAGCAGAGUCAAUGAUGGUAUAUGCGACUGCUGCGAUGGAUCUGAUGAGUACGACAGCGGGAAAAGUUGUGUAAAUAACUGCCUUGAGUUGGGUAAAAGUGCCAGGGAGGAGGCUCAAAGAAUGGCUGAACUGAUUAAAGCUGGAAAAGAACUCAGGCAACAGCUCAGUCAAAAAGGUAUAAGACUGAAACAGGAGAAGAAAGAAAAGCUAGCGGAAUUAGAGAAGGUCAAACAAGAAGCUGUUAAAGUCAAAGCAGAAAAGGCAGAAAUUCUUAAACAAGCUGAGGACUUGGAACAGGCUGCUUUGGAAAGGUACAGGAAGAUAGAAGAGGAGGAGAAAGAAAGGAAAGCCAAAAUAGAAGCUGAAAAGAAUAAAGAGGAAGCACUGAAUGAUUUCAAGUUUUAUGAUAAAAAUGGAGAUUUAAAAGUUGAUUUGUUUGAAAUUCAGGCUUCUAGUGUCUUUGAUAGAGAUAAUAAUGGUGAAGUGUCUGAAGACGAGGCUAGGUAUUUCUUAAACAAUGAGGAGUCGGUUGAUGAACAAACUUUCAUUGAAAAAGCCUGGCCUAUUAUCAGACUACAUAAGAUUCAAGUCUCUGGCAACAUGUACAAACCUCCAGUUGUUGAACCAAAAGUAGAUGAUGAUGUUGAAGAUUUGGAAGGUGAUGAAGAGCAAACUGAGGAUGGUGAAGACGAAGAGGCGGAACAUGAAGAAGAGGAGCAACAAGAAGAACAACAGGAAGAAACCGUUCCCGAAUCCUCGACGAUAACGUACGACGAAGAGACACAAAGAUUGGUGGCGGAGGCAGAUGCCGCCCGCAAAGAGUCCGCCGAGGCGGACAAAAAACUCAGGGAAAUCGAUACCGAAAUGGUAAACAUCAACGAAUACCUCGAAAAAGACUUCGGAGCAGAGGAGGAAUUCGCCGUGUUGGACGGCGAGUGCUUCGAAUACAGGGACCACGAAUACGUAUACAAGUUGUGUCCAUUCAAGCAGACUGUCCAGGUUCCGGUGUCCGGUGCUUCCGAAAUCCGUUUGGGUGAAUGGGGCAAAUGGUCGGGCCCCGAGGACAACAAAUACUCGAGCAUGUUGUACGACAGGGGACAGAGCUGCUGGAACGGACCGCAACGAACGACGAACGUUAAAGUUAGUUGCGGUAGUGAGAACAAAGUAACUUCCGUGUCCGAACCUAAUCGCUGUGAAUACCUCUUUGAAUUUUCAACACCGGCCGCGUGUACUGAACCGGUCAGUGAACAUAGUGAUUUGCAUGAUGAAUUGUAGUGUUCAUUAGAUUUGACUAUUUGUAUUGAGUAGGGGAUUAUUUAAUUUUCAUCGUCCUUCAUUUUAUGUACAGAAUUUUGUUAACAUAUCAUUUUAAUGUUAUUUAUUCGUAAAUCAGGAAGUAAAAACUAUGGUAUGAACAGUGGUUUCAACAAUUUUGUUGUAUGUCUUUGAAUAAAAUUUAUACAAUUGA